AAAAACCCUCUCGGGUUCCUUUACAUUUUCGACAUUUACGAAUUUGACACUGCCUCCACCUUUGUCUUAUCCACAGCCGCCGGCAACCGCUGGUUUCUCCUCUCUUCUCUCCGAAUCUUCUGCAGAACAUGCCGAUUGCUUCUCUGGCUAAGGUUACCGCCUCUCCGGCCGCGGCUGUCGGGGAUUUUGAAGUUCGUGUUCCGUACAUUUAUCGGGCAGGACCUGUAUCGAAUCGGGUCUGUUUCAGAAAUUAUCGGUGGCGGAGUUACGGAGCUCAUUCCGCAAGAAAUGAAUUGCCGAAGACCCAUGUUCUAGGUUCCGUCACAGUAGAUGUAUCAGUGGAUAAUUCUGUGGAAAAUACCUACUUUCCGAAGGGAGAUUCGUGGGCUGUUCACAAGUUCGGUGGUACUUGUGUCGGAACAUCUCAGAGAAUCAAGAAUGUUGCUGAUGUCGUGAUUAAGGAUGACUCUGAGAGGAAGUUGGCGGUUGUGUCAGCAAUGUCAAAAGUUACCGACAUGAUGUAUGAUCUCAUUGACAGAGCGCAGUCUCGUGAUGACUCUUACUUGUCUGCACUGGAUGCUGUUCUUGAGAAGCACCGAGCUACAGCCUGUGACCUGCUCGAUGGGGAGGAACUCGAGAGUUUCUUGGCUCGGUUGCAUGAUGAUAUAAACAAUCUCAAGGCUAUGCUUCGUGCCAUUUACAUAGCUGGUCAUGCAACAGAGUCCUUUUCGGAUUUCGUUGUUGGUCACGGAGAGUUGUGGUCAGCUCAGAUGCUGGCUGCGGUUGUGAGAAAAAGUGGAUUGGAAUGCAAGUGGAUGGAUACAAGGGAAGUGCUUGUUGUUAAUCCUACAAGCUCUAAUCAAGUUGAUCCUGAUUUCUUAGAGUCGGAUAGGAGGCUUGAAAAAUGGUUUUCUCGACAUCAAUCCAAGAUUAUUAUCGCAACUGGCUUCAUUGCCAGUACGCCUCAGAACAUUCCUACAACCCUCAAGAGGGAUGGAAGUGAUUUCUCUGCAGCUAUAAUGGGUGCUCUGUUAAGGUGUGGCCAAGUUACGAUCUGGACUGAUGUUGAUGGUGUUUACAGUGCUGAUCCCAGGAAAGUUAGCGAGGCUGUGAUACUGAAAACGCUUUCUUAUCAGGAGGCUUGGGAAAUGUCAUAUUUUGGAGCAAAUGUUUUACAUCCUCGGACCAUCAUCCCAGUGAUGAAAUACGAUAUCCCAAUUGUCAUAAGGAAUAUAUUCAAUCCAUCUGUCCCAGGAACAAUGAUCUGUCGGCAAGCAGAAGAUGAAGACGGGUAUAAACUGGAAGCUCCUGUCAAAGGGUUUGCAACAAUCGAUAAUUUGGCUCUUGUCAAUGUUGAGGGAACUGGAAUGGCUGGUGUUCCGGGUACCGCCAGUACCAUUUUCUCCACUGUGAAAGAUGUUGGGGCUAAUGUGAUAAUGAUAUCACAGGCUAGUAGUGAGCAUUCUGUGUGCUUUGCUGUACCCGAGAAGGAAGUGAAAGCCGUUUCUAAAGCUCUUCACUCUAGAUUUCGUCAAGCUUUAGAUGCCGGACGCUUGUCCCAGAUUGAAAUCAUCCCCAACUGUAGCAUACUGGCAGCAGUUGGCCAGAAAAUGGCUAGCACACCCGGAGUUUCUGCCACUCUUUUUAAUGCCCUGGCUAAGGCCAAUAUAAAUAUCCGCGCUAUAGCUCAAGGUUGCUCCGAGUUCAAUAUCACAGUAGUUAUUAAGCGUGAAGAUUGUGUUAGGGCAUUAAGAGCAGUGCAUUCUAGGUUUUACCUCUCAAGAACCACUUUGGCAAUGGGAAUCAUAGGACCAGGCUUAAUUGGGGGAACAUUACUUGACCAACUCAGGGAUCAGGCUGCAGUUCUGAAAGAAGAAUUUAACAUUGACUUGCGAGUCCUGGGAAUCACCGGCUCAAGCAAAAUGCUGCUGAGUGAGAAGGGGAUUGAUUUGUCGAGAUGGAGAGAGCUUCUAAAAGAAGAGGGAGAGCCGGCUAACCUGGAAAAAUUGGCCCAUCAUGUGAAGGGAAACCAUUUCAUUCCAAAUUCUGUUCUGGUCGAUUGUACAGCGGAUGCUGAUAUUGCCAGCUGUUACUAUGACUGGUUGCGGAAAGGAAUUCACUUGAUCACACCAAACAAAAAGGCUAAUUCAGGACCACUCGAUCAGUAUUUAAAGAUAAGAGCUCUUCAAAGGAAAUCAUACACUCAUUACUUCUACGAAGCAACUGUUGGAGCUGGUCUUCCAAUCAUCAGCACUUUGCGAGGUCUCCUAGAAACGGGGGAUAAAAUAUUGCGGAUUGAGGGUAUUUUCAGUGGGACUUUAAGUUACCUGUUUAACAAUUUUGUCGGCAAUAGAAGGUUCAGUGAGGUUGUAGCAGAAGCAAAGCAGGCUGGUUUCACUGAGCCCGAUCCACGUGAUGAUUUAUCUGGAACAGAUGUUGCCAGAAAAGUGAUAAUUCUCGGAAGAGAAUCAGGCCUGAAGCUGGAUCUUGAUGGCCUUCCUGUCCAGAGUCUCGUCCCUGAACCUCUGAAAGCCUGUGUAUCAGCAGAAGAGUUCAUGCAGAAGCUUCCUGAUUUUGACGAAGACUUGUCCAAACAAAGACAAGAGGCUGAAGCUGCAGGGGAUGUACUGAGAUAUGUAGGAGUGGUCAAUGCCAUGGAGAAAACAGGCAAGGUUGAGCUGAAAAGGUACAAGAAGGAUCACCCUUUUGCUCAGCUGUCAGGAGCUGACAACAUCAUUGCUUUCACGACCACUCGGUACAAGGACCAGCCUCUGAUUGUCCGCGGCCCCGGUGCUGGUGCUCAAGUCACUGCCGGAGGAAUAUUCAGUGAUAUUCUCCAGCUCGCUUCCUACCUCGGUGCACCUUCUUAAAGGGAGGAGCUUCUCUAAUGGUUAAACCUUGUCUUUUGUACCUUAACUAGUUGGUCUGGAUUUGAGAAACAGAGACGCUUAUUCCUUGAACAAAUCAAGUUUCAUGGUAAUAAUAAUACAUCUUUGGAAAAGAA